GGCCACUAGCAGUGUCUAUUAUGCUUAUCCUGUUAUUAUAUUUUAUCCUUUAUUCUGAGUUACUUUUUAUCUCAUGUGACUUUUAUUUUGACAUCAUGCUAUCUGCACGGUGAACCAAUCCUUCCAGAACGUGCACGCUCGCUGAAGGUAUAACACAAGAAGGCACGUUACAAGACAAUGCAUGUCUAGAGUCAGAGAUCUCAAAAUAGUAUUAUAACUUUAAAUUAACGUGUUCUCUAAAGCGUUCCUUGAAGUGUUAUAUUACGUUGCAGCAUUCCUGGUCAAACCCGUUUGAAUGAGUGCUCUAUUUGCUUGGCAGUAGCAGUUUAAAAAAUAACGUAUGAAGUUGCUAGCUAGCUCUCCAACGUUAAGUUAAUGGCGGCAGUCUUCCCUGGAUCACCACUCUUUAGCACCCCUCGAUAUGCGGAGCGAGUUUUCACGGUGUUUGUGCAAUGCACACUCGUCUGAAUAAAGUACACCCGUAAGGAAACACUCCAAGCCUGUUUAUUCAAGUUGAGGGGCCGCUACAGUGAAAACUCGACUGCUCGACGUGGAGUGAAACUCAACUCGACGUGAGAAGGACCUGCCAUCCGCCAUUCUAAGACUGCUAUCUACUGUUCCAACGCCCUCACUUCAAACGGAAUCCAGGCAAGACCGGUCCAUUUCGUUUAUGUUGAUUGCUGCAUAAAAUCACAGGGACUUUUCGAUUGUGAACAGUGAUAUUUAUGUAGGUCUAAUGGACUGAAAUCACCUUUAUAAACAAUAUACUGUAGCCUACAUGGUUGAUGCUCUGAUUUAAUCAUAGGCAUAUAUGAAAGGUGAAUUUAAAGAUACAGAAGGGUAAAUUAAUUUAACAAAAAAAAAAUUGAACAAACUGAACCUGUUAAAUGUAAAUUCAUUCAUGGGUAAAUCUGUAUGUUAGCAGUCAUUGCUAAGCUGUUUGUGUGUUAGCCUACAUUUUGUUGAUGCUACUCGUCCAGUGCAUGUUUGAUAUUAAGUAUUUGCAGAGAAGUAUUGAGCUAUAUUUCAGUCAUUAAACUAUAGUUCACUACUUCAAUAUAACCAAACAGCUACACAACUUUAACAAAAUGUCACUUGAUAGGGAAGAAGUAACUAACACACAUGACCCACCCAUGACCGAUAACCCACAGCCAGUCAGAUCUAGUUCACGUGAAAGAGCAUUUACAGAAAAGGGAUUAGAGAUGCACAAACAGGAAGCCAUUAAACAUAAGAGAGAAUUCAUGAGAGCUUAUGGCUCCUGGAAAGAGGUGGCAGGAAAGGUUAGGACAACGCUAAAAUCAUUCUGUUCUCAAGAUGAACUAAAUAAAAUCAGAGAAGAAAUCCAAAUGCGACACAAUGCAGUAAGUGAAUGUUAUGAGCCCAUUCAACGCAACCACAAUGCCACUCCAGACAUUGUACCAAAAAUAGAUGCUUGUAUAGCACUCACUGCAGAGAUCAGCGAAAUAAUAGAGAAGCGGCUAGAAACUGUUGAAGAGGUCUUCAAUCCAGAACUUGAGAAAGUACGAAUGAGGAUGGCACUUAAGAAGGAUGAGUAUGGAUCUAUCUUCGGACACACAGAGACAGAUACUGUACACUCUCUAGCAGAAAAUUCAAUCCACUCACAGGCCUCAAGCCAACAUGUAGAUGCAGAAGCAGAACUUGCAGCUCAACAGGAAAAGGUUAAAGCAGUGUAUGUAAUACAAGCUCAAGAAGAAGUUCUUAGCAAGUUAGAAGAAGAGAAGCAGCUAGUUCUUAAAAGGUUGGAAGAAGAAAAACAAGUAGCUCUUAAAAAGAUAGAGGCAAACAUGCGUCAGGAAAAGAAAAGACUACAGCAAAUUCAAGCACAGUCAGAAGUAAGAAUAGCAGAGGCGAGAGUAAACGCAUACGAGAGCCUUGAACAUGACUCCAGAAACUGGCUAAAAGAGACUGUUGAUCUCACAGUUGAAUACAAAGGCCAGCUUAAUCCAAAGGCCAACGCAUACCAGCCUCCACAAGCACACGCCAAUGCGCUAGCGCCUCCUGAGAAAGACCUUACCCAAGCACUCAUUAACUCACUCAGUAUGAAUCGCCUGCCUGCUCCUGAGCCACCAAAGUUCUCCGGUGAAGCCCUAAAGUAUGUAGACUGGAAGAUGUCCUUCAUGGCCCUCAUAGACCGCAAGCCUCUCCCAGCUCAUGAAAAAAUGUUCUAUUUAAAAAACUAUCUGAGUGGAGAAGCACUUAAAGCUGUAGAGGGAUUCUUCUAUAGAAACUCAGAAGAAGCAUAUCAGGGUGCCUUAAAAGUCCUGGAAGAAAGGUACGGAAACCACUUCAUUGUGCAAAAGGCCUUUAGAGACAAGCUCAUGAAAUGGCCCAAGGUUGGUAACAGUGAUCCUGCUGCACUUCGAGAGUUUUCUGAUUUCCUGCAGGCAUGCGUUGAAGCGAUGCCUCAUGUGAAAGGAUUGGCCAUCUUGGACGAUUGUGAAGAGAACCACAAGCUGCUGAAGAAAUUACCAGACUGGAUCACACGAAGAUGGAGCAGAGUCGUCACAGAAAGGUUGGACGAAUCUGGGGACUACCCGAGCUUUUCCUGUUUCACAAGGUUCAUCCAAAAGGAGGCCCGGAUAGCCUGUAACCCUGUCGCCUCUCCACUUCUGAUCAAGGACACAGAUGACAGGCAGCCCAAGAGAGCUAGAGCACUUCACACAAACACUAAAGGGAACAAUCCCUGGGAGAAGGUCGAGAAAGUGUUCAGCACCAAGUCAAGGCCACCUUGUCCUAUCUGUAAAGAAGAGACGCACGGCGUCGUAAAGUGUCCUACCUUUGCAGCUAAAUCUCUGGAAGAUAAGAAGGCCUUCAUACGGGAAAACAAUUUGUGCUACGGAUGUUUGAGAAAAGGACAUAACAGUAAAGAUUGCAAAACACGACACACUUGUGGCACAUGCAGCAGACGUCACCCCACCUGCCUACAUGAAGAGAGAGAGAAACGAUAUGUGGAAGCAAAAGAGAAACAGUCCACUUCUACAGACAAAGGCCAGGAGGAGAUCAAGGUGACGUCCCAUGCAGUGACGCAGCGUGUCUUUGCUACAUCAAGCAUCGUCCCUGUUUUCAUGUCAUCUGCAAAUGAACCACAGAAAGAAGUUAUAACGUACGCUCUUCUGGAUACGCAGAGUGAUUCGACAUUCGUCUUGGAAGACCUACUCGAAGAGCUGAAUGUGGAGACUAAACCAGUACAGCUCAAACUGAGCACCAUGACAGCUGUUGACACACCCAUAGCAAGUAGAAGUGUCUACGGUCUACAAGUUCGAGGACUACAGUCUGAAAAACAGAUUCAGCUACGCCAAGCUUACACUCGUGGCUUCAUCCCGGUCGAUAAGUCCUACAUUCCGACUUCCAAAACAGCGCUGCUUUGGCCUCAUCUAAAGCAUCUAGCAAACAAACUUCCGCUGCUGAAGGACUGUGAGGUGGGACUGUUAAUUGGAAGUGAUUGCCCGUUCGCGUUAGCCCCCCUGGAAGUCAUCACAGGAGGCGAAAAUGAUCCAUUCGCCCAGAGAACGGAACUCGGCUGGAGCAUCGUAGGCUCAUCCAAUCCACAUCUGGAUCGGCAGGGAAACCAGAGGUUCGUCCAUCGAGUGACGGUGAAGGAAAUACCAGCGCCAUCAACCACUGACGUGCUGAAGGCCUUGGAAUCAGACUUCAAUGAAAGGAAGUAUGCAGACAAAGACAAGUAUGUGUCACAAGAUGACAUUCACUUCAUUCAGUUCCUGAGUGACAACAUAACUCAAAGGAAAGAUGGACACUAUGAAAUGCCCCUCCCUUUCAAGAGCACAGAGCCUCCUCUGCUACCAGAUAAUAAGAAGCUGGCUACAGUUCGACUGCAGCACCUAAAGAAAAGACUGAAAAUUAACCAGCGGUAUAAAGAACAGUACAAGGCCUUCAUGGCAGAUAUGAUAAAGAAAGGCGACGCAGAGCCAGCCUCUCCUGCAACAGGACAGCAGACUACGUGGUACAUACCACACCAUGGGGUGUUCCACCCCAAGAAGCCAGAGAAGCUAAGGGUCGUCUUCGACUGUUCAGCAAAGUUCCGUGGUGUCUCACUAAAUGAUACACUGUUAACAGGUCCUGACCUGAUCAACUCUCUCCUUGGAGUGCUCUGUCGUUUCAGGAAAGAGGCUGUAGCCAUCAUAUGCGACAUCGAGAAAAUGUUCCACCAGUUUUACGUUUCUCCUGAACUACGGAACUACUUACGGUUUCUCUGGUGGGAGGAUGGAGACCUCGAAGCAGAGCCUCAAGAGUAUCAAAUGGCUGUCCACCUAUUUGGCGCCGCUUCGUCACCUGGAUGUGCCAACUUCGGUUUGAAGUACUUGGCACGCCAACACAAGGAAGAGUACCCAUCAGCAUCAGCCUUUGUUGAAAAGAACUUCUACGUCGAUGAUGGGCUCAUCAGCGUCCCCUCCGUAGAGGAAGCAAAGAAGUUGAUCGCUGAAGCACGAGAGUUGUGCAAGAGAGGAGGCCUACGUCUACACAAGUUCAACUCAAAUGAAAGGUCAGUCCUGGACUCUGUGGACCCAACUGAGAGAGCAGUCACAUCUGAACCACUCAAUCUGGACCUAACUGCAGCUCCAGCAGAACGUGCUCUCGGUAUCCAGUGGUCCCUUGAACAUGACACUUUCAGCUUCAAUGUGAACCCACAGACCAGGCCCUCCACACGUCGCGGCAUCCUAUCCGUCAUUGCUUCUUUGUACGAUCCAGUUGGAUUCGUGGCUCCGUUUAUCCUAACCGGAAAGUGCAUCCUCCAGGAGCUGUGCCGUCGAGGCAUUGAAUGGGAUGACCCACUUCCCGAAGACUUAAGUCCACGGUGGGAGAGAUGGAAGAGCGACCUACAAAGGCUGAAGGAAGUCUCAAUACCGAGAUGCUACCAACCACAAGGCUUCCACAAAACUGUCAUGAGGGAACUACACCACUUCUCAGAUGCCAGCAAUGUAGGAUAUGGCUCGUGUUCCUAUCUGAGAAGCAAGAAUGAAGAUGGUGAAGUUCACUGCAGCCUCGUGAUGGCAAAGGCUAGAGUUGCACCUACAAAACUCACAAGCAUUCCAAGAUUGGAACUUUCAGCAGCAGUGGUCGCUGUAAGAUCGAGUGUCAUGCUGAGAAACGAACUUGAAAUGCCGAUCCAUGCUGAAUUUUUCUGGACCGACUCCCAAGUUGUCCUGGCUUAUAUCAACAAUGAAGCAAGAAGGUUUCAUGUCUUCGUUGCCAAUCGUGUGCAAAUGAUCAGAGAACACACCAGCCCCAGCCAGUGGCACUACAUAGAUACAACAGAAAACCCGGCUGACCAUGCGUCGAGAGGGCUCAAUGCAGUAGACAUCUCCUCAACAAACUGGCUACCGGGACCCAAGUUCCUGCGGGAACAGGAAAUACAUCCAGAGUCUCACCUCACUCCAGAGUUGCUUGUUGGUGAUCCUGAGGUCAGGCAAAUACAGGCGUUUGCAACCAAAGUUGAACCGUCCAAGUCAGACAUUCUUACCCGUCUAAAUAGAUUCUCCUCCUGGUCAAAACUCCUGAAGGUCAUUGCAAGAAUCAAGAGGCUGAAUUCAAAGCAAACCCAUCCUGGCAAACCUGUGAGUGUGGAAGAACGCGAGAGAGCUGCCGAAUCAGUGAUGAGGCUUGCACAAGAAGAAGCAUUCUCCCAAGAGAUGAAGAUACUUCAAAGGGGAGAAAGUCUUCAAAACUCCAGCCCUCUGUUUCGCUUGGAUCCCAUCUUAGAAGGAGGAGCACUUCGUGUCGGUGGUAGACUAGAUCAGUCAUCCUUAAGCCUAGAAGUCAAACACCCUUUGAUUCUACCCAAAGAAGGACAUAUUACCAAGCUGAUCUUGACCCACUGCCACGAGAAGAUCUGUCACCAAGGACGGAACCAAACUCUAACAGAACUUCGAGCCAAUGGGUUUUGGGUCAUCGGUGGAAGUAAGUCAGUUGCUAAGCUGAUACACAGAUGUGUGAAGUGCAGAAGACUCCGACGGCCUGCAGAAGAACAACGCAUGGCAGAGCUCCCUAAGGAGCGUGUAGAAGUCUCUGCUCCCUUUACAUACUGCGGCAUCGAUUGCUUCGGCCCAUUCAUCACUAAGAAAGCCCGCAAAGAGCAAAAGCGCUAUGGCUUAAUCUUCACUUGCCUUGCCUCUCGAUCUGUACACACUGAAAUGCUUGAGGACUUAUCCACAGAUGCAUUUAUCAACGCCUUAAGAUGCUUCAUCAGUCUCAGAGGAGCCGUUCGUCAACUGCAUUGCGAUCAAGGAACCAAUUUUGUGGGAGCAAAAAAUGAGUUCAAAGAAGCACUGAAGCAAUGUGACACCAAAACAAUCGAGAGCUUCCUCGCAGAAAGGCAAUGUGAAUUCAUAUUCAAUGCUCCCUCAGCAAGUCACGCUGGCGGUGUCUGGGAGCGCCAGAUUCGGACUGUCCGUAAUGUCCUAAAUGCCACACUCUGUCAGUACUCAGGCAGACUCGACGACUCUUCCCUUCGUACUUUGUUCUAUGAAGCAAUGGCUAUUGUAAACAGCCGUCCGUUAACUGUAAACGGGGUGAAUGAUCCUGCCUCACUUGAGCCAUUAACUCCAAACCAUCUCAUACUGAUGAAGUCAAAGAUUGCCCUUCCACCACCUGGCAAAUUUGAGAAGGAGGAUGUCUAUGCAGCUAAAAGGUGGCGAAGAGUCCAGUACCUCGUCGAACAAUUCUGGGGCCGCUGGAAGAGAGAAUAUCUCAUGAACAUCUCCACGCGCCAAAAGUGGCACACGACUCGACGCAAUCUUAAGGUAGAUGACUUAGUCAUUAUAAAGGAAGACACCCCUAGAAAUCAGUGGCACCUGGGACGAGUGGUUGAAACCACAAAGGAGAGUGAUGGACUAGUGCGUCGCGUCAAAGUGUUAGUAGGAGAAAGAACGUCAGUGAAACAAGAUCGGCCUACCAAACCUUUGAUUAUAGAAAGGCCCAUUCAGAAACUAGUUCUCCUCCUCGAGAGUGAGUGAUCAGUCCAGUUGUCUACACCUUAUCCCUCUUAUGACAGGCUACCCUCUCUUAGUUACUAAUUAGUACUCACCUGCACAUAUCUAGAACACUGAUACAGAUAUAGGACUCAAGUAUGAGCCGUUCAGCCAGGUUGAUCCUUGUCUUCACUUUUCAUAACAUGAGUGGUGGGAGUGUAGAUGGCCACUAGCAGUGUCUAUUAUGCUUAUCCUGUUAUUAUAUUUUAUCCUUUAUUCUGAGUUACUUUUUAUCUCAUGUGACUUUUAUUUUGACAUCAUGCUAUCUGCACGGUGAACCAAUCCUUCCAGAACGUGCACGCUCGCUGAAGGUAUAACACAAGAAGGCACGUUACAAGACAAUGCAUGUCUAGAGUCAGAGAUCUCAAAAUAGUAUUAUAACUUUAAAUUAACGUGUUCUCUAAAGCGUUCCUUGAAGUGUUAUAUUACGUUGCAGCAUUCCUGGUCAAACCCGUUUGAAUGAGUGCUCUAUUUGCUUGGCAGUAGCAGUUUAAAAAAUAACGUAUGAAGUUGCUAGCUAGCUCUCCAACGUUAAGUUAAUGGCGGCAGUCUUCCCUGGAUCACCACUCUUUAGCACCCCUCGAUAUGCGGAGCGAGGUAUGUGUUUCAUUGUAAUGUACUGUCUAUUUCAUAUGUAUUCAUUUCUUACGUUUGUGUAAAUGAUGUAAUGUAAAUAGUAAUGUGAUUCAUUUCAUGAUAAUGUCGUUAUCUAUUUGAUGCUAGCUUGCUU